UCCAUCCAACUGGUAUGGCAGCCACAGGCAAGCUGGAUCACCUCACUGGGCAACCAAUGAUGAAGCCAGUCUGUGUACUGGAGUACAACAAAAAGAUGGGUGCAGUUGACAAAGCUGAUAUGAUGACUGGUUUUCAUGAAUGCACCAGAAAGUCUACCAAGUGGUACAAGAAAGUAUUUUUUCAUGUACUCGACACGGUUUUACUCAACAGCCACAUCGUCUACCGGCAAAUUACUGGAAAGGAAAUCACCUCCCUACAAUUCAGGACGAACCUGAUGAGAGGGCUGCUGGAGGAGUACAGCACAUUGCGAGGUCCAACCCAAGGCGGGCGGCCUGCCUUGGACACACGCAAGGGCAAGCAGAGGCGCCUCACCAAGCACAUGUGUGUGCCAUGCAACACUCCCUUGUGUGCUGUCCCGUGUUUUGAGGAGUACCACACACUGAAGCAUUAUUAA